GAAGACUUGAUGAAUAUCUUUGAAUACUUUAUUUCGUGUGAAAUAUUCAAAGAGCUCUUAGAGUGCGUCCAAUAUCUCCACGAAUCCAAUCCACCGGUCAUUCAUCGGGAUCUCAAACCCGACAACAUAUUGAUUGAUCCGAUCUAUUCAUCCAAUCGUAUCGUAAAACUGUGUGACUUUGGUUUGGCCACCGAUCACGACAUCGACGGACAAACUGCCAGCCGAUACGAGCACUCAGUUUGUGGUGCGUUGGGAUAUAUGGCACCCGAAGUACUUUUGGGUAAACAAUAUGACCACAAAUCAGACAUUUAUAGCCUCUAUGUUAUCGGCGAACAGUUGUUUGGUAUCGAUCUUCAGGCUUCGCAAACAUUUGAAACAAAUGAAUCGGUGGUCACGACAGCCAUACUAUGUAUGUGUCGUACGCUUCAGAAAAUGAUGGCAAUUGUGUGGAGACAAAGACCUGAGUGUCGGGAAGUGUUGGCCAAACAUAACGAGUGGUCUAUCGAUAAGACUGUUGUCGCGAAUCACAAGGAAUUUAAUUCAGUGUUAAAUACACUUAAAUCUAAUGAGAAUUCAGUUUUCUAUGACAUCUUAUUUCGCAAAACACAAUAAAUGAUUACUUUUAUUAUAAAUAACAAUUCUCUCUCUCUCUCUCUCUCUCUCUCUCUCU